AUGCCUUACAACACUCGUCGGAAGUCCCUCUCCUUGCCUUCGCUGGGCAUUCAUCUGCCUAAUGGCUCGCGCGCGCACCGCCCGAGUCCCAAGGCUACCUCCUCCCCAUCCGAAUCCGCGACUGCUCCUCCAACAAAAAAGUUGAAGCGCUCCCACGAUGCCGACGAACCUCUUUCUCCCAUUUCCAGUCCACGCUCCAAGCCUGGGUCGCCAGCCAUCGAACUGCCGGCUGCGACCAGCACUCCUGUCCGAAGCGGCGCAGCCGAGCACACUCCUCCCCCCUCUCCAGGGCUGACUGCACAAGUGCGCAAAGUGGACACGGCGGGUAUCAACGACGACAUCGUGAUUGACGUGAUCGGACAACUGGAAAAGACAGGCAACCGGCCUCACCUCAUCAAGGACCUGGCCGCCAUACUGGCCUCCACCAACUCCAACAUUGCGCAUUCUGCCAAUCCUGCUGCCCUCCUGUCCUCCCGUCUGAGUGUGUACCUCAAGCGGCCAUGGACGGCUCUCUCACCUUGUCCGCUGGCAAAAGAGCUCAUUCCCGUUCAUCCUCGCAAGGUCUUCUUCUUCUUGACCACUCAGCCCCGGUUACCAUUGCCUGAGACUUCGGACGACAUCCUCCCACCCCCAUUGAUCUCGGUCAAGAAUCUCACGCCCAGCGUGUCGGACCACAGUCUCGUGGACGAUGAGUUGGAGUUAGAUCAGCGAGAUCGAGCACGGUUCUCUCCAAGUCCUGAGGUUGAAUUGUAUUCUCCCGAACUGGACCAGGAAGAAUCCGCAGAGCCAUCAACGCCUGGAGAGUACUUUAGCGCCAGGAGUAGUCUCAACCCGGACGGCACGCCGGACGUGCGUAGGCGACCGAAUCGAGCGCCCAGCCCACCACUUGAAGCAGAUGAACGGGGGUUUACGGAAACUGCCACAGCCGUGAGAGCUCGCGGCAUGAGUCUUCAUCAUCAUAUUGUGCAAGAGUCAGUGGAAAUCGAGGACAGUCUUCCUACUGUCGAGGCGUCUGAGGAGACACCCGAACAGCGGCAGAAGCGUGACCGGGAACUUGGGAUGGAAUUGUUUGGGCCAAUCCAUCCCAGCCUCCAGGUGCUGGAGCAGAAACUGUUCUCGAGCAGUCCCAUGAUCCCGGCCAGACAGGAUCACCCAGCCCCCAUGGCCAAGAUGGAUACAAGCCUGCCCUUGGACGACAUCGAGAUGGGUGAAGCUUCUUGGAGCAUGAUGAGUCCGGAGCAGAUCGACGUUGAUGAGCUCGACACACUGUUUACGGGCUUUUAA